AUGACCAGCCGCGUUCAAAAAGGAGGGCCUGUUUUUAGGCCUUUAGCCCGCCAAAAAUCGCGUCCUACUGCGCCGACUCAGGGGGCAGUCCCUCGUCAACAGUCUGUGGUAGUAGAACAGGAACAGAGCAGUCCCUCUUUACAUUCUUCAACUGCUCCUGCGUCUUUACCAGGAAAUGGAAUCGCUGCUGCAGCUUCCACUUUUUCAGAUGAUUCUCAAGCACCAAAAGCAGUUGCUGUCCCGAUUGUAGCGCCGUCUGCGUCGAUGCCACUACCAGCCCUGAAUUCAGUCCCCUCCUUCUCGCCUUCUUCCUCUGCCUUCAUUUCGCAACAUGUGGCUCCAUUAUCACUUCCUCCUCCACUUGCCCCUAGUAUUCAAUCAGUUAUACCUACACCUUCCCAGCCACCUCUUCGACCUCAACCUACCCCAAUGAUACCUCUGAUACAGUCCUCUAGCUAUUUCCCACCACCAAGCAACGUUUUACACAACUCUGUCACCGAGAACGCAUCCACACUUCCUACUCCACGCUCGGCACUCAAUGUCGAAAGUCAUGUUAAGACGCCCCAGUGGAGGGAUGACAAUUCCGUUGUAGAGAAUGUGGCGCAAAACACAGACCCGAACGGAAAUGGAGAAGAUGCUUCCAUUGAAAGUACUCCGAAAGAGGCCACGAAGAAAAGGAAGCCGCGCUCUGCAAGAAAUACUACAGCAGACAAUGAAGAUGGCACUGCGGAACCUCGACCUGCUAAACGAAGGAAACAAGCCUCAAAAUCGAAAACAACCCGCAGCGAUGAUGUGAAUGGGAACAACGUUCAAAAAACUCGUCGAAAGAGGAGUCGAAAAACUCGCUCCCCGUCACUACCGCCAUUUGAUCCUGACGCUGAUCCAGGCGAAAACAUAGAUCCCACUGUCGUCACUAUGGCUUUGCUUUGCAGCGAUACCGGUCAAGGUCGCGUUAGCAGUAAAGCCCAAGAGGUUCUCAACAAUCACGUAACGUGGAAGGCAUCCAACCGCGAGAGACGUGCCAGGAUGAAGAUUAUGAUGGAACGAAAGAAGUAUGGACAACCAGAGGAUGAAGAUACACCUCCCGAGGCUCCCACAACAUCCGAUCUUGCGCCUGUCGUUCCAGCCGCAGAAUCAUCCCACUCCAGACAACCGUCUCCAUUUCUUGAUAAUGCCGCCUCUACAUCGACCCCUGCUGUUGCUGCUAACCUUGACCCGGAUUCCUUCGACUAUACGCAGAAGCUUGCCGUUAGUCGAUUUAAUGUGCAAGUGCGGAUCGGACCCAACGGCGAAACCAUCAUUGACGAAGAAUCAUUGGUUGUAGAUCGUGCGGGCGAUAUGGAGGACGACACAAGUGGUUAUACGCAUGUAAUCGAGAGUGAUAGAUCCAAAUUCACCAAUAGCAGUACAUAUGGGACGAAACUUCGCGGGACAAGGUGGAGCGCAGAAGAAACCGAACUGUUCUAUGAGGCACUUUCUCAAUAUGGCGAAAACUAUGAACUGAUUUCGUAUGUUAUGCCUGGCCGAGAUCGUAAAUCUUGCAAGAACAAAUUCAAAGCCGAAGACAAGAAAAAUCCCGCACGUAUCAAUCAUUGCCUGAAUAACAGCAUACCAGUUGACAUAGAGACACUCUCUCGCAUGACAGGUCGAGACUUUUCUGGUCCCACUCCGGAGAUUACCCUGCCAAAACCUGUGGAACAUGUAGCGUCAGCGGCCACUGCCCAAGGUGAGGCAGACCCAUCCGAAGGCACUAGCAUCCAAGAUAGACAUCGAGAUCUUCCUUCGUCAUCAAAAUCUCGCAAACGCAGUCGUAGUCGUACUGCUGGAGCGCCAGAGGAAGGCUUGAUGGUCAUCGGUGAUCUAGAUACGUUCGUCGACCUUGACGCAGAAUGA